AUGAGAAAAACCUUGAAGAAAUCCCUUUCCACCAUUUCAGAAUCCCUUAUAGCCCAUUCAUUUUCCACCAAUGCUAAACCUCAUUUUACCCGACCAAAACCCAAAAAUUCAUUCCCAAGAUCAAAGUUUUCCUCAAAAUCCAGAUGGGUUUUCGGAGUUACCUCCCCUGUUCCGCCGCCUGAAUGGGUUGAGCCCGUUUUUGACCUCUCGGACCUUGUUAAAGACCCUAAACAGCUCCAACUUUCUCCAUGGGUCGCUAAAAUUCUCAGUCUUCUGGAUGGUUCACCUGAUAUGGAGAACAAAUUAUCCGCUUACUGCAGAAAUUUCCUGAUUAGAUUAUCGCCAAGGUUUACUGCAUUUGUGUUGAAAUCGGAGAAGCUUUGCGGGCAGGGAGACAUCGCGUUUAGAUUCUUUAAUUGGGCCGGUAAGCAAAGUGGUUAUGCUCAUACUCUUGAUUGCUUUGUCUCUUUGAUUGAGAAUUUGUCCGUUACGAAUGAUUUGGAUAAGAUUAGGUGUAUAUAUGGUGAAUUGAAGGAGAAUAAUUUGUUAAUGAACUUGAUUUCUGCCUCUUCUUUGAUUAAAUGUUUUGGAAAUCUUGGAAUGGUUGAGGAGUUAUUGUGGGUAUGGAAGGAAAUGAAAAAGAAUGGGGUUGAACCUACUUUGUAUUCUUAUAACUCUCUGAUUAAUGGGCUUGUGAAUUCCAACUAUAUUGUGUCAGCUGAAAAGGUUUUUGAGGUUAUGGAGAGUGGGAGGGUCUUUCCAGACGUUGUUACUUAUAAUACAAUGAUCAAGGGGUAUUGUAGGUCGGGUAAGGUUCAAAAAGCCAUGGAGAAAUUCAGAGAAAUGGAAGUCAGGCAUGUGGAACCAGAUAAGAUAACUUACAUGACCUUGAUUCAAGCAUGCUAUGCUGAGGGAAAUUUCAGUAAUUGUUUAGGACUUUAUCAUGAAAUGGUGGAAAAAGAAUUGGAGAUUCCGUCACAUGCCUAUAGCCUAGUAAUAGGAGGACUGUGUAAAGAAGGGAAAUCUUCGGAAGGAUAUACUGUUUUUGAAAGCAUGUGUAGAAAGGGAUGCAAAGCCAAUGUAGCUAUUUAUACUGCAUUAAUUGAUUCGUUUGUUAAAAACGCAAAUCUUGAAGGUGCAAUGAAUAUUUUUGGAAGUAUGAAGAGCGAUGGGUUUGAGCCAGAUGAAGUUACAUAUGGAGUCAUUGUUAAUGGUUUAUGCAAGAAUGAAAGGUUAGAGGAAGCUAUGCAAUGGUUUGAAUAUUGUCAAGAAAAUGGCGUGCCUGUUAAUGCUGUGCUUUAUUCAAGUCUCAUUGAUGGCCUUGGAAAGUCUGGAAGAUUAGAUCAGGCUGAAAAGUUAUUUCAAGAGAUGGUUGAGAAAGGAUGUCCUCGGGAUUCAUAUUGUUAUAAUGUGCUCAUUGACGCCCUGGCUAAGGGCGGGAAAUUAAUUGAAGCUGUUGGAUAUUUAAAGAAAAUGGAAGAUGAAGGUUGUGAUCCAACUGUUUAUACCUACACCAUAUUGAUAACUGGCUUGUUUAAACAACAUCGAAAUGAAGAGGCGUUGAAGAUGUGGGAUGCAAUGAUUGACAAGGGUAUAACUCCAACUGAUGCAUCAUUUAGAGCUCUUUCCACCGGUCUAUGUCUUUCAGGUAAAGUGUCAAGAGCUUGUAAGAUAUUGGAUGAGUUGGCGCCGAUGGGUGUUGUCCUGGACACUGCUGUAGAAGAUAUGAUCAAUAUUCUGUGCAGAGCUGGUCGUAUAGAACAAGCUUGCAAGUUAGCUGAUGGUGUUGUUGAUCGUGGCCGAGAAGUUCCCGGUAGAGUUCGUACUAUUUUAAUCAAUGCCCUAAGGAAAGCAGGAAAUUCAGAUUUAGCUAUGAAAUUGAUGCAUAGCAAGAUUGGCAUAGGUUAUGAUAGACAGGGAAGCAUAAAAAGAAGAGUUAAGUUUCGGGGUCUGAUUGAGAAUUGA